AUGAAAUUCAAGUAUAUAGUAUUUAUCAUUGCUAUUUUAAAUGGUAUUAAUGGAAAUAAAUGUCCAAAUUUUACUAACAAACAAUGGUUUACAUAUUUAUUUUCAAGAAUUUGUCCCAUAAUUGAAGAUAAAAGAUGUUUGUCAUUUUUACCAAUAGAUGUUUUAACAGAUAAAGCAAAUUGUAUAAAUUAUAAUGAUAUCCAUAAUAAUCAUGUACGUGCAAUGAAUAUAUCUGCAUUUGAAAAUUUAAAAAAGAAAGAAAAUGAAAACGGUAUAGCUUGGUGUUCUCUUGUGAUAUUUUACCGUGAACAAUGUAUAUUUACUGAAAAAUCACUACCAAUUUUUAAAAGUAUUCCUCAUUACUUUUCAAAACUAUUAGUAAUUGCUGUAAAAACAUCAGAAAAUUCUAAAAUAUUUCAAAUGCGUGUUGUUGAACCAUCUCCAACAAUUGUUCUUUUGUCAAAUGGAGAGUAUUAUUCAAGGAUUCCAACAGUAAAUAUUACAUUAGAAAAAAUGGUAGAUAAAAUUCUUGAACAAACAGAUUUAGAAGUUAAUGAAGAUCUUAAAGAUUAUAUUAAAGAAAAAAAAUAUAAAAUUAUUGAAAAGGAAUAUUUUGACAAUUCAGAUGAUGACAUAUUUAAUGCAAAAGCAGAUGAUAAAUUUAUAAAUGUUCAAUUAAAACUUGCUAUACCAACAAGUGUUCUAAGUGGUUUUUAUCUUUACAUUAUUUCAGAAAAAGGAAAAUUUUGGCGAGACAUAUUGAUAAAUUUUGUUAGACCCUUAAGAAAUAGAUUUAAUAAUUUAUUAUAG